AUGGCGUCGGUACGGAUUGUGCUAAGCGCCAAGAAUAGUGCGUGUUUGAAGGUGCUUGGACGGGGCACAGCAGUCUUACGAGUUUGGAACGGCACAUCGUGGAUGAACGCCAGGCUGGAAAAUGCUCUUCAUGUGCAAUACCUCAGCAAGAACCUAUCUUCGUUGACGGCAGCAAAAGCGCGCGGGAUGACGAUCGAGAUUGCAGGCAAUGAAUGCAUCGUCAGAAAGGGGGACAACCCGUUGCGAAAGGCUCACGGCGUGUUAUGCUUCUUCUACUCAAUGUUGAAGCGAAAUCCGAGUGCCACAUGGUAG